AUUACAAACUACACACUCUUUUUUAAAAAUUAUUUUGUGAAAAAUUUUACUAGAAUUAAUGGAUCAAAAUGGACAGAAAUAAGCCAGGAAGUUCGCGCUCUUCUAAAGCUAAAAUAGGUGCUCCUCAUGGCAGUGAACUUUUCGCAUUAGGAACAAAACCAGCUUCGAGUUCGGGUGAUAAAAAAAUAAUAUCCAGUGUUACAGAUCGCAAAAGGGAACCAACGACCAGCUUAGUUGGGUCAUCAGUUCCAAAGAAAACAAAAAUAGGUGGAACUAUUGGGAAUGUACCAAGAUUAUCGGGCGAAGGUAGUAGCAGUUCCAGUUCUCUUGAACCUUGGGAACAAGCAGCGGUAGAAUGUGAACCACAAGAUCUAGUUAAUUCCGUAUUAACAGCAAUUGACCAACAGGAUUCAGACACAAUUGUUGGACUAGUGUGUGGUGCGAUAAAAUUGAUUGCUUCUAAUAGAAAUAAAACUGACAAUAUUCUUUCGUUGUCGUUACUGUAUUUGGCAAAAUUGCGACCCACUUUAUUUUGCAAUUAUGUUGUUACAUCAGCUUUGAUUUCAAUUUUAAAACGUGAUAUUCAUAAUACAUUUAAAGGAAGAAGUAAUCCAACAGCACACAUUUUAGCCGCAAAUCUUCUUGCUAGGGGUUAUCAUGAUAAAAAAACUUGGCCAGAAGUUUUUGUGAAAACAUAUAUAGAUGAUGCAGCUAAUGAGAGACUUUGGGUCGACAUUUGCGAUUGUGCGCCUUUUGUAGAAAAUAUUUGCACUGCUUUUAAAACUAAAAUUCCACCAAAAUCCUUACUGCAACCAGAAGGCGGUGGCGGGACCCCUACCUCCACAUCAACAAAUGUUCCAUUACCAGGUAGUUCGAAUAGAGAAUAUUUGGUAAUCGAUGAUGAUUCUGGAGACAACUCGUUGCAUGGAGAAAUAAAAACAAGUGACUUAGAAUGCCCAGUUCAAGAUCGAUAUGCCAAUAAUUCUAACAUAGUAGAAAAAUAUGUCUCUGAUAUUAUAAAAGAGCAAUUGAAUAGAAGACAACAACAAGAUUGUUCAACCAGAAAUUUUUUGAAAUUUCUUUCAUCUACUUCUGGUAUACCAGAAGUUAGAUCAUUGUCGAUUUCUCGACUUGAGUUAUGGAUUCAUAACGGAAAACUAAUGAGACCUGCUCAAGAACUUUUAACCUAUAUAUGUUAUAAUAUUACAAGUCAUUUGCAAAAAGAUCAUGAAGUUUUAGCAACGUUAGUGAAAAUGAGGUUGAAGACUAAACCAUUAAUAAAUAUUUACAUGCUAUGUCUUAAAGAAAUGCUUCUUCAGCAACCAGAUAUACUUUUUAUAGCUCUUAAAUUAGUGGUUCAAAACGAAUUAUCAAACGCCAGAAACCCGAACAAUAUGGGAAUGCUAGCAAAUAUGUUUCAAACCAAACCUGAACAGUCUGCAAAACAUUUGGCUGAAAUUUAUCAAGAGUUUUUAUUGCAGCGUGAAGACUGUUUACGAACUUUAAGAGUUUUUCUAAGAGAAUUGGUGAAAAUGCUGCGCUACGACAUAAAUUUGGUUGAAUUUUGUAAAUCAUUUUUAGUUUCAAGACCAGAUCUUGCACCACAAAUUCAACAGUCAGAAUUUAAAGAAAGAAUAUUUUUGGCAAUAGUUGAAAUAACUUGCCUUUGUAUGUUCUUAACAGUAUCACCUCAAGUACGAGAGGCUAAUGUUUCUUUAAGAGCUGGAAGAGAUAUGCGAAACAAUCCAAUCCUUCUAGCAUUUUAUGCCCAAAUGUCACAAAUUCAGCUGGAUGCCCUAACAUGGAUGCAUCAAGUUGUUCCAAUAUUAUUUAAUCCGCAAGCAAAUGAGUACACCCAAGCGCUCCAUCGUAUUUUGUUGUUAGACUCCCCAGAACAAUAUUCCAGAUGUGAUCAAUGGCCUCCAGAACCAGAGCGUGUAGCUCUUCUACGUUUGGUCUCAGAAACUCCUGUCCACGAGGAUUCCUUGUUGAGAAUAAUAUUAAUUGGAAUCACAAAAGAAAUUCCUUUCAGUAUUCAGGAUACUUAUGAUGUUAUAGAACAGACAAUUAAAAGAGCUUCAGCUUUAAAAUGUAUCGAUUAUCCAGCCGUCGAGGCAAAUAAAGUUGAUAUAAUUGAUUUUUUAUUUAGUAUGGCAGAAUAUCAUCAUCCGGAAAAUAUUCAUUUACCUGUAGGUUAUGAGCCUCCAAAAUUGGCUAUAACCACUUUAUAUUGGAAGGCGUGGGUUAUUUUGCUAAUGCUUUCCUCACAUAAUCCUUCAACAUUUGGGGCUUACUGUUGGGAACAUUAUCCAAUUUUGAGAAUGUUAAUGGAGAUUUGUAUCACAAAUCAGUUUCAUGAUAUUAGAAUUUCAGAAGAAUUGCAAUUGUCAGUCCUAGAAAAACAAAAUAUUUUGGAAUUCGAAACUCAUCUUGCAGCAGCAUCUUCAAAAGUUGUAAUAACAGAACAAAAUUCGUUAUUAUUGUCUCAGUUGACAUGGAUGGAUCCUAUGGGCCCACCAAGACGUCCGCCUAACUACACUAUAGACAAUUUGCAACAAUUAAAUGCGACUUAUAAGUUUGGACAUUUAUUGUGCCGAAGUCGAAAACCUGAUCUAUUGCUAGAUAUAAUACAGAGGCAAGGAACUACUCAAUCAAUGCCUUGGCUAAUUGAUUUGGUACAAAAUAGUGACGGCGAUUUUAGUCAUUUACCCGUACAAUGUUUAUGUGAAUUUUUAUUAGCUAAUUCGUCUAAUAUGAGCUCAGAUAAUGUUAGAGAUGUUGAAUUACUUGAAUAUUUGAGAAAUUUUCUAAGAAAUGAAAAUGCUGAUAAACAAACUUCCUGUGAAGUUUUGGAGUAUUUUCUUCGUCGAUUGGCGUCAACAUGUAAGCAGUCUCGGAUUAUGGCGACAAAUGCAUUGAAACUGUUAUUGCAAACUUUUAAAAAACCUGAUGAUGAAGAAGAUCCUGCAAGUGAUUGGUUACUUAGACAUCUUCCCCAUAUUCCACAUUUUAUUCAUGCCCGUCCACUAAUAAUUCUUCAGCUAAGAGCAGCGUGUCAAAUUGAAAACAACCCAGAACUUGUAAUGAUUUAUAUACAGUUUAUUGCAGCCCAUACCUUGCAUGAUCCUGUCCCAGAUAUGCUGGAUCAUGUAAUGGAUAUGUCGCAAUUAAUUGUUGAACGAAGUACAAUAUUUCAACAUAUUAUACCCAUACAAACACCUUCUACAAUGAUGGUAGGUGAACCCAAUGAAAACGAGCAACAGAAUCGAUUGCAAACUUUGAAUUGCCUAUUUGUGAUGUUCAAUAAUUACAUAAUAAAGUUACGUGAUACAAAACCACCAUAUGAAUGGGCUGAAUAUCCUGACCUAUUAAUGGUUCAUUUUGAUGAUGGGGUGCAACUGCCCAUCCACUUGAAUAUUAUUCAUGCGUUUGUUAUUUUACUAACCCAUUCAACGACAACAAUUCCAAAUUCGAUUCCAAUAUUAGAUUAUUGGUUUCCUCCAGGGCGACCAAUACCUCAAGCUUUUACCAUUGAAACAAAUGAACCUGUAACAUUUUUGCCAGAUUGGUUAAAGCUAAAAAUGAUUCGUAGUCCGGUAGACAGAUUAGUGGAGGCAGCUAUGCAUGACUUAACGCCAGACCAAAUUGUUUUAUUCGUACAAAAUUUUGGCACUCCAAUAACAUCUAUGUCAAAGUUACUCGCGUUAUUGGAUCAAGCAGUAAUUGAACAAUUUCAAGCAGUGAGAAAUGCAGUACUAAAUAAAGCAUAUCUUGCACAGUUAAUUGAAAUUCAAAGAGCGCGUGGUGCUAAGAAUGGGCAUAUAACUGUCACAGCUUUAGAACUAUGUGCUACCUCUUCUCCUGAUCUGCCAAAAACUGGCAUUUAUGUUUUAGAGUCAAUUAACUUGGAUCAAUUUCAAACAAUUUUGUCUACUGAAAAACCUCAAUCAUCUUCAAAAGGAUCAAAAGAAGUUGAUGAAAUUGUUGAUAUAAUUUUGAAAAAUCCAAAUAUGACCAAACUCAACAACAUACGAUUUAGAAAACUAAUUCAUCAACUUUUAGGAAGAGAUCAAAUUUCUUCCGUGAAAAGAACAACUAAACCACAAGACAUUCAAGUAUUUUCUUCUGGAAAAGCAUUAUUAUACCUAAUGAGAUUAGUAGAAUCCCCUCAUGGUCCUUACGUUUUUCAAAAUAUAUUUCAAAAAACACACGCGUGCACAUUUUUUAGAGCAUUAUUAACUUAUGUUCCCGAAAAAGUGGAGAACCAUAACUUCAUGUUACAAGUAAUUGACAAAAUCAUACUUAGUCUCAGUGCUACUCCUGAUUUAGAAAAUACAGCUUUAUUAAAUAUUUUGACCAAUAAACGAAAAACUUUCAUUCGUCAUACUCUAGAUGCAAAAGUUAUUCAAACUGAAAAACAAGAUUUCAUUCAAAUUUUGAUGACUGAGAAGGCUACUGAACUAGAAUGUCAAGGACGAAAAUUUGUUAACGAUAUGAUUGAACAUCGCAAAACAGAAAAUUUGGUUGAAGCUCUAGUUUCAGUACUAAAAAUUGAUUCAAAUAAAAACGAAGUAAAAAUGGAGGAAUGUUGUUUUGACAAAAAAGGAAUUUUGGUCGAUUGGUUAGCUGAAGUAGAUUCUGAAUUAAUUACAGUUAAUAAAAUUUUACAAAUGGAUUUACUAUUUGGAUGUACUUCAAAUGAGUUUAAGUUUUACAUGUUAUCAUUACUAUGUCAUCAAGCAAAUUGGCAAACUUUAAGUGAAAGUUUAAAAUUUUUGUUGUCAAUAUACAAAAAGAAUUACGAUUGCUCAGCCGUAUUGAAUUUUAUAGAUGCUUUAAUACAUAACCCAAAAAUGUGGCAAGGCCGCGAUAAGGCUGUUCCCAAACACGAACAAAAAGAGUAUAUUUUAACUUUAACAAUGCCUCAAGCAAAAGUUUUUACAGAAUAUGCCCUGAACGAAUCCCUCAAAGAAAUUGAAUUAAAUGGGGAGUCAAAUGUGACAAACGAAAAAUUGAGCUCAAGAGUUACAUUAUUUAUCAAAAUUGUUGACGAAAAAACUUUUGAAAUUAUGGAACUAGUACAGUUUGUUCGGUCCUACGAUUGUUUAGACACCCUCAAGCAAAAAUUUUUACAACAAAUCUAUUUGAUGCUACCGACAAUAAAAUUUCUGGAUGAUGAACUGGAAACAAUAUACACAACAAAUGCACAGAAUCUUGUGGCUUGUAGAUCUGAUAAAAUAACAAAUUUCAUAAUUACAACGUUUACAAGUCUCCAAACACAAAAGGAUUACCAAGCAAUGGGAAGCGAUUCUGAACUUUUAAUACGCAAAUUAGCCGCAUCACAUCCAACAUUAUUUUUGCGACAACUGGCAGUGUUAUCAGCGUUGAUACAAGGGAAAGCACAUAUGGACAUACAAGUACUAAGAACUGAAUACCAUGUAUCCAGAUUACAUCAAGUGGUAAGAAUUUUAGAACUUCUUCAACCAUUAGUAUUUGAAGAUGUUUACAGACAAGCGUUUCAAAUGUCCUUGGAUUGUUAUUUUAUGUUUUUCAAACACCAUUCCCGCGCUAAGGAAGCUUACCCGAUUUUGUUAAAAUUUGUAGAGCUUCUUCAAGCAUAUAUCAACAAUAACCCAGUAAGUGCUUUAGCUUAUAUUGAACAAUACACAGGCUUGAUGCAGGAAUUAUCAAUAAAAUUUCGUGGUUUGCAAGCCUUAAAUCAACUUGUACAGGGUUUAUCCUUAUUAAAACAUAAAACUUCUACCAAACCAGAGUUAAAUGAUGAGGAAACUUCAAAACAGGAAUUUGAUUUAGAUGAACAGGAACAUAAACCAACACCACCCAUUAUACAAUUAGACACUGAAGAAGCUGUAACCAGUGCAUCUAACACAACAUCGCAACUGGACAUAGAAAGUAGAGGAGCUGCAUCAUUUGCCUUAGGCGGUCCUCAUUCAAAACAAGCUCAAAUCUCACCCCAUUUUCAUAAUUUGGUUAAUAUUAUACGUCAUUCAAGUUCUGAAGAGGUCAUAUUGCAACCAUUACAAGAUAUUGAAAGUCUUACAUUUAAGAGAACAGCGCUACUUGAUGAACUAUAUGAAAGACUUUUAGAACUCAUAUUUUCACCAAGCACACAAAUUCGUACAAAUGCUUAUAUUUUGCUAAUAAGACAUUUAAAACAUAAUCCAGGCAAAAAAGACGUUAACAAAACUACUUUAUUAGCUUAUAUUCAAUGCUUGAAAGACGAAAAUUCCGCAGUUGCGUCUUCAGCUGUUGAUAAUUUGAUUGAAAUUGUAGUUUGUUUACAAGAAUAUGCAUCAGAAAUUCUAAGAACUGUUUUUGAGUUAAAUGUUGAAUCAAAAUUAAAUACAACAACGCAAAUUAAAAAAUGCUUACAAACAUUAAAAUUACAACAUGGAUGUUAAAUGGUACAUGAUAACAAACUACUAUAUAAGUUUUAAAUAUAUAUUAGCUUUAUAAUAUAGUUAGUAAGGAGAACAAAUUUUAUCAAUUUUAUAAAUAUUGAAUCAAUGAAAUAAAUGAAAAAUUCGUUACAUGUGUACUCUGCAAACAAUAUUUUGACAUACCUUCAGUUGCGAUUAUCUUGCGAAUUUUUGUUAGUAAUAACUGAUGUGUUAUAAAUUUAAUGAAAGAAUGCUUAAAAGUAGAUUUCAAAUAGUAAAAGUAUGAGAAUUCGAAAGUACAGAUGCUUUUGAAAGAUUAGAUACUUUAGGGUUAUAAACGCUGUCACUUUGGUUAUUAAUUAUUAUUAAAAUCGAAUAAUUAAAAGUUCAUUGAUAUGAUUGCUGUAUUCAAUUUUGGUAAUCUUUAAAUUAUUCGAACUACUUUAUAAAUAAAUGAAUACAAUUUGGUAUUUUCUGA